UUUUGUUAGUUUAUUAACUUAGAAUUUUUCAACCAAGAGAGAAAUCAUAAAUAACAACAGAAAUUGAAUAUAUAUUUAAAUAUAAAAUGGCUAAUAAAAGCAAAUUGAAUAGCACAACGGAUGUACCAAAUAAAGAAGUAACUAAGCAACUAUCAAACGAUAUGAAGGACUACAGCUCAUUUAAGAUCGUCUUGUUUUAUUGUUCACUGAUAGUAUUUUUGCCGGUGUUAAUAUUUUUUUGUAUGAAGUCCGUAUUUUUGGAUAGGCUUUUCACAAUGACCGAAGUAACAAGUAAUAUCUAUUCAGCAGUGGCCGCGGUGCUGGCAUUACAUUUAGCUCUGGCCUUAUAUAUUUAUCAAGCUUAUUUCGGCACCGCUACCACAGAAAAAACAAAAAGAAACUAAUUAAGAAGUUUAAUACGUAAUUGUUUUGUUUGAAAUGUAUCCGACAAAAAAACAGUGAGACCUAGCAUGUCCAAUUUUCUUACAAUUGUACUUAAACAAAAGAUAUAACAAACUAAUUUUGCGUGGAUAAAAUUAAAGAAAAAGUCAGAAAAUUGAUGUAUUUUCCCCUCCCUCGUUUAAUUUUUGUCAUUGUUAUGUAUUCGUUCUGAUAAAUAAAUAAAAAAAUUCAUUUAAUUUAUUAAAUAAAAAAGAAAUUCUUUCAAUUCUUCCUUAAUUCGUUAUUAGUCAUGCCUUGAUAAGAAGCGAGAAGUGUAGAAAAUGACUAAUUUAUGAGAAAAUAUAAAAUUGGAAAAAAUCGCUGCAAAUCCUUAAAAAAGUUAAUAAGUAUAUUAUGGGAGAACUUUCAAGAUAAAAAGCGAUUUUAAGGCACGACAUCUACUAUUGGCUUCAUCGCUUAUCAAUGAUUAUAUAUUUAUAUUCUUCAAUAUCGUGAAUUUUGUAUAUAUGAUUUUUGUGAGCAUAUUCACAGAUGUGAAUGUAUAGCUACAUCAACAUUACUAUAUAACGGUAUAAGUAUGAAUAAGUCAGUCAUUACUAUCAUGAUAGUGUACAUAGGACAUAGGGACAAUUUUGGAUAAUUUCAUCCUAUUUGAAUUUUCUUUGCAAGAUUAAAAUUCACUUUCCUUAUACGCAAUCAGUACGAUGGCAAUUGAAAUCCUCAAAAUUCAUUAUAUAGCCUUCAUCUGAGCUUGUAAUGAAAAAUGCGAUUCUUCAUCGACUCAAAUAUUUGUUCCGAAGGCAUCUUUAAUUUAGUAUUUGACUCCGUUGGAAGAAGUUUUUUAUAUAAAGCUCUUGCUUUAUUUGGGUCCCCCGUCCUCUUAACUUAUGCCCAAUAUAUAAUUGUCGCGCAGACUAGUUUAUCCUGUUUUCAAAGUGCAUUAUUUUCUCCUUGCUUGUAAAUAUUAAUCUGCAAAUAAUGAAAACAUUUAGGACUAACCUUGUUUUAGUUUUCAACUUUUGUUAUACUAUGGCCAAGUCUUUAUCUUGCUCCAAUUUCUUUAUUUUUAACAAUUAUCGCUUCAUUGGCAUUAAUAUCAAGGCAACCAUAUUCUAUGCAGUUGAUAUAUGGAUGCGUUGCAUAAUUAUUAACAUAGUUUAAGUCAACAAUUAUAACCUCUAUACCGCAAUUAAUAAUGACCAAUGGCUAAGCCAAUUAACCAUUAAUCUAAUUUAACUAAUAACUUAGUUUGGAGUAACUUUAGAAGCCACCUAAUUUGUAAUCACGUAUGCAGAUGGCUACAUAGUAAGCAAUCUUAAGAAAUGCACAGCAUAUCAAUUGUUGAGUUAUAGCAAAGUUGUUUCGAUCAACUAUAAACUAUCUAUCGUUUAACUGUUUAAACAUACUAACAGCAAUCAGUCGAAAAUUCUGUAAGCUCGGCCUAUCAACGAAACUGCAAUAAAAUUAUAAUUGGUUGAAUAUAUUGCAAAGAAAACAUGCUGCCCUAAACUGCAGGUCGGUUUAAUUCCUGAUGCGACUGUUUCCUUAUUUCCCUGAAACGGGAAAAACGGAGAAAAGAGAAACAACUUUACAUUAAGUUACAUUUGCUUGUCCACACUUACAUCGCGGAUCAGACAGUUUCGGUUUGUUUGUUUUACGCCCUAAGAGACCACGAUGAAUUUCUAAAUAUGUAACUAAAUCGAUUUCUAUCGACUCUACCGGUUCGGUAGCAUUCUUCUUCGUAUUCUCGUCUUUCGAAGACAUCAAAUGUACGUCUUGAUAGCUGACGUGCCAGGGCACUAUGGCCAAAAGUCAAUUUUCUGACAUUCGAUGCUUAUUAUUGCACUCUGCUAGCAGAAACCUUUUAAAUUCUAAGCUUUCAAAAUUUUGUUUAGAAUUCUUAGGCAUAACAGCAAGAAUUCAAUUCAAAAAUUAAAAAAAAAAAAGAAAGAAAGACAGGAGACUGCACCAUGCCCGGUAAAGCUAGUCACUUUGACAACUCUUCCAAUGGAUUUAAUAGCAUAUUAGAUCGCAAAUAAUUUGUAUCUGAUAAUGAAGAGGAAAACCUUAUUUUU